GCCACCAGCUCGAGACCAUGGGCUUCUGGUCCCAGAUAUGCCAGAUACCAAGUUCCAGCUGGCCUCGUCCAAGCUGGAGCACAGUUCUGCUGGUGAUGAUUGGCUCCUGUUUAAUGUAUCCGGUAAUAAGGAGCCUUUAUUUCGGGAUUCACUCCUCAUUCACUGGCAGUUACAUUCCUGGCUCCCAUUCACUCGCUUUCAUCAACUGUCCUAACGAAGAAAUUGCAAAAGAUAUUGCCAGAGGCAUCUUGGAGAAGAGGUUGGCCGCUGGAGUUAAUAUCAUGCCGAAGACUUCAUCUCUAUACCUAUGGAAGGGAGAAAUUGAGGAAUCCUCCGAAACACUCUUGGUAGCGAAAACCAAAACCACAAAAGUAUUUGAGUUAUCUUCUUAUGUUGGGCUGGUUCAUCCCUUCCAAACUCCUGACUUCAUAAGUAUUCCAAUAGACCGAGGAAACCCAGAUUAUUUAAGGUGGAUCGAAGAAGUCAUGACGGAGACGGAAUCAUAACGUAGGAUAUCGCUGAAUAUCUCCGAAGGGAUCGUUGGCAGAAUUGUCAGCUGAUCA